AUGGAUGUCACCCAAUCAAAUCCUUCGUCUAAAACAGAACAUGACAGGCGGAGACAGACGGAGACAGACGGAGACAGACGGAGACAGACGGAGACAGACGGAGACAGACGGAGACAGGCGGAGACAGGCGGAGACGGAGGCGGAGACGGAGGCGGAGGCGGAGGCGGAGGCGGAGGCGGAGGCGGAGGCGGAGGCAGAGGCGGAGGCAGAGGCGGAGGCUGGCGGAGACUGGCGGAGACUGGCGGAGACUGGCGGAGACUGGCGGGGAGAGACGGGGAGAGACGGGGAGAGACGGGGCGAGACGGGGCGAGACGGGGACAGGCGGAGAGACAGGCGGAGAGACAGGCGGAGAGACAGGCGGAGAGACAGGCGGAGACAGACGGAGACAGACGGAGACAGAGACAGACGGAGACAGACGGAGACGGAGACAGACAGAGACAGACAGAGACAGACAGAGACAGACAGAGACAGACAGAGACAGACAGAGACAGACAGAGACAGACAGAGACAGACAGAGACAGACAGAGACAGACAGAGACAGACAGAGACAGACAGAGACAGACAGAGACAGACAGAGACAGACAGAGACAGACAGAGACAGACAGAGACAGACAGAGACAGACAGAGACAGACAGAGACAGACAGAGACAGACAGAGACAGACAGAGACAGACAGAGACAGACAGAGACAGACAGAGACAGACAGAGACAGACAGAGACAGACAGACAUCCUAACUUACUAUGUACUAGAGCUGCCCUAGCCUUGUCAACGUGA